GAUUACUAAAAAAUGACGAUUGACGUUAGCCCCUCGGCUCUACAGACACUGUUCAAGUCAUAUUCCGGUGGCAAGAAUGUAAUGAACUCUAGUAAUGUAGAUGAUCUAGUAAGAGAAUUGGGGUUCGCUCCAUCUAUAAGUGAAUUAGAUGCUUUCAAGCAGAAAUCAGGGCCGACAUGUACACCUGAACAGAUAAAGGAACUAGUCGACACCCUAGAGCACCCGGAAGACACAAGGGAAAACUUUCUCAAGUUCUUCAAGUUCUACGACACCAAUAACACUGGUACCGUCAGUAGAGAUAUUCUAGAAAAGCUGCUGACAAAUGUUGGUGAACCAUUGACACAGGAAGAAAUUAGUGCUUUCUUCAAGAAGACGUGCCCAACUGGUGACCAAAUACCUUACGAGCAGCUGAUUAACAACCUCUUGCUGAAGUAAACUGCUCUCGUAAUAU